AGUAAAAUUUCUGCUCGGAAAAAAUUAAGAAUAAAUUUAGCUGGAACCAUUUCUGUUGUAUUCUCUGUCUCUACACCAUGAGACUUGCAGAACUACCGUAGUUAAAGUUUCAGAGAUUAGAGAAUGUCGAUACAGGUAUUAAAGAAGAAAGGCAUCUUUAAAGAUCCGAAACAAGUUUGUCGUGAUUCUUCAUUCUUUCUUCUUCUUUAAUGGGUCUUGGUAAGGUGGUGCCGUGGUUGUUGGGACGAAUAAAUGGAGUCAAUUCAGCUCAUCUAAUGAAAGACUCUGCACUGAUCUCUGAGUCUCUGUCUCUGACUCUGUCCUACAGUUCUAUACUGGAAGGAGAGUGAGGUUGGGGGGCCAAUCACGUGGUUCUUCAGUUAUUCGCCAAUGUGAGAUAUAGACUUUAAAUGCAGUAGUUAUUAUAAUGGGUCACCUGCUUCCUCUUCAGUCAAUCCAUGGCUUUCUUAGCUCUGUCUCUUUCCCUACCAGAGUUCCGAGGAAAUUCAGCCCUGUGAAUUGGAGAUUGAUUUUCCCAUGUUCUGUAAAAGCUUAAAGUUUCAAGCUUGGCAUUGUUCCUUCGAAUGCCGGAGCUGGAAGGCUAGAAUUGCAAUAUUUCUGGUAGCUACUGUUUUUUUUCAGCGAACAUGAGAGAAUCCCGGCUAUUUUUUUGUGGGUUUCUUCUUUUUAUCUUCUUCUCUGUGGUAUAUUCCUUAAUGGAAAAGGAGAUAUUGCUUGAAUUCAAAGGUAAUGUUACUGAUGAUCCUUAUAAUAGUUUAAACUCCUGGGAACCUGAUCGAGAUCAUUGCUUGGAGUUUAAUGGCGUAUUUUGCAAUCCCGAACGAUAUGUAGAGAAAAUAGUGUUGUGGAACACUAGCCUCGCUGGAGUGUUGUCGCCUAGCUUAUCUGGCUUGAAGUUCUUAAGGAUACUGUCGUUCUACGGGAAUCGAUUUAGUGGCUCUUUACCGCCGGAAUUAUCUGAGAUUGGGACUCUGUGGAAGCUUAAUUUGAGUUCUAAUGCUUUAUCUGGACAGAUUCCUGAGUACCUUGGAGAUCUUCAGAGUCUUCGAUUGUUGGAUUUGUCGAGGAAUGGUUUUACUGGAGAAAUUCCUGAAGGUCUCUUCAAGAAAUGCUUCAAGACGAGGUUCAUUUCUCUCUCCCACAACAGUCUCUCUGGUUCAAUUCCUGUGUCUAUUGCAAACUGCUCAAACCUUGUCGGAUUCGAUUUUUCUUAUAACAAUCUCAGUGGAAGCUUUCCUGCACAGAUUUGUGUCCCUUCGAGUAUAUCCUAUAUAUCCCUGAGAAGCAAUUCUCUUGCAGGGAACAUUCCCGAGCAGAUUAUGGCUUGUCAAAGCUUGGAACUUUUGGAUCUUGGGAGCAAUUUGUUCACAGGUUUGGCUCCUUUCAAUGUUCUUGGGCUGAAAAACGUCAGCUAUUUCAACCUAUCAUCGAACCAUUUUGAGGGGAUGAUUCCCCAGACACAGACCUGUAGCGAUCGAAUGGAAAUUUUUGACAUUUCUUGGAAUAAUUUAAAUGGAGAGAUCUCUUCAAGCAUCACGAACUGCAGAAGCCUAAGGAUUUUGGAUGCUAGUUUUAACCAGCUCAACGGUAGUAUUCCAAUUGGAAUUGCAGAAUUGAAGAUGCUCUCUGUUCUCAGAUUGGGUAAUAACACAAUUCAAGGCAUGAUCCCGCUUGAGCUUGGAAGCAUUGAACUGCUACAGAUCCUGGAUUUGCACAACCUGCACCUUACUGGUGAAAUCCCCGGCGAUCUCAGCAAUUGCGGAUUUCUACUUAAGCUGGAUCUUUCCGGUAAUGGGUUACAGGGAGAAAUUCCUCCAACCCUAUACAACAUAACAUACCUGCAAUUUCUUGACCUACAUGGGAACCAGCUGAACGGAAGCAUCCCACCUAGUCUGGGAGAGCUGUCUGGGAUUCAAUUACUUGAUCUGUCCGAAAAUUCGCUCUCUGGGCCAAUUCCUGAAUCUCUGGGAAAUUUAACAUUGCUAACAUAUCUUAAUCUAUCCUUCAACCACCUCUCUGGAGAGAUUCCUGCAGUUCCCACCUUACAGAGAUUCAGCGCCGCUGCGUUCUCUCAUAAUCCUGGGCUAUGUGGGCUUCCUCUUAACACGCUCUGCUCCAGAAAUGGCAAUGGCACAAAGUCAACAUCAAGGAGACUGAGGGUUUCAGCAAUAUUAGCCAUUGUUGCUGCCGCAGUUAUCCUCACUGGAGUCUGUGUCAUAUCCUUCAUGAACAUAAGGGCUCGCAGGAGGAGAGAAAAAGAGGUGUUGGUUGUGAAGAGCACCCCUCCAGCUUCAACAGAUUCAGAUGUUAUCAUUGGGAAGCUGGUCCUCUUCAGCAAAAGCCUGCCUUCCAGAUACGAGGAUUGGGAAGCAGGAACAAAAGCUUUGCUAGACAAGGAACAUCUGAUUGGUGGCGGAUCCAUUGGGACAGUUUACAGAACCAGUUUUGAAGGUGGGAUCUCAGUUGCAGUGAAGAAGCUAGAAACACUCGGAAGGAUCAGGAACCAAGAUGAAUUUGAGCAAGAGGUUGGACAACUGGGCAACCUUCAACACCCCAAUCUUGUAGCUUUCCAAGGUUAUUACUGGUCUUCUACAAUGCAGCUAAUUCUGUCCGAAUUCAUUCCCAAUGGGAAUCUAUAUGAGCAUCUACAUGGAGUAAGUUACCUUGGCACCAGCACUAGCGGUGGCAGGAGGGAACUGAACUGGUCUAGGAGGUUUCAGAUUGCCCUCGGAGCGGCUAGAGCACUUGCUUACCUUCACCAUGAUUGUAAACCUCAAGUUCUGCAUCUUAACAUCAAGUCCAACAACAUACUUUUAGAUGAAAGGUAUGAGGCCAAGUUAUCUGAUUAUGGGUUGAUCAAGCUGCUUCCCAUGUUGGGUAAUUACGGUUUAACCAAGUUCCACAAAGUUGUUGGAUAUGUCGCACCAGAGUUGGCUUGCCAGAGCUUAAGGUUCAGUGACAAAUGUGAUGUCUAUAGCUUUGGAGUCAUCUUACUAGAACUGGUUACUGGCAGGAAACCAGUGGAAAGUCCAGUAGCAACUGAGGUGGUCGUCCUGUGUGAGUACGUUAGGGAAUUGUUGGAAAAUGGAGCAGCUUCGGAUUGCUUUGAUAGAGCCUUAGGAAGGUUUGCAGAGAAUGAGUUGAUUCAGGUCAUGAAGUUGGGGCUCAUCUGUACUUCUGAAGUUCCUUCCAGGAGACCCAACAUGGCAGAGGUUGUUCAAGUUCUAGAAUCCAUUAGAUCUGGUUCAGAAUCCCAAUAGUCAAGGGGAAAAUUGAACAUGGAAUACAGGAUUGUUGGGUUGGUGUAGAUUAGGCAAGAAAAUGUUCUAGGCCAGAAAAUGGCACACCCGGAAGCAUUUGGAGGGGGAAAGGGGGGAGGGGGGUGGGGGGGAAUAUAAGAAAAACAUUCUUUUUAAUUCUUUUUGUGAUUAUCAACUUACCAUUGUCAAUUGUGUGGGGAAUUCUUCAUUUUUUAUACAAAAUCAUUAGUGCAUCCAUCAAUGCCAGCC